CUGUGUGCUUCAGUGAGUGAGUGAGGGGCGGAGGAAGAAUUGCUAUUCAGUUGGAUUUGUGUUGAAGACUGUGUUGUGCAUAUCUACAGCUGACAGCAGAGCGGAUCUACACCCCAGAGAUGGCAGCCCUUCAGUAAGAUGUUGGAAAAGACACUAAUUGAAGAAAAUUAUCACCGUUGCUGUCCCCAAUCAAGGCUGACCUAGAAUGUUAAAUGCUCUGAUAUAAAGGGCUAAGAUGUUUGUGGUCUCCUUGCCAAGAUGUCUACACGUCUGGGUGUCCUUGGCAUUGGUGUCCAGACUACAAGGCAGGGUCUCGGCUCCAGCACACCUGGAAGCCCUGGUGGAACAUCCCUUCACUCUGAGCUGCACACUGGUCAAGGCUAAAGGAGAAUCAGUUCAUCAGAUCCGCUGGAUGGAUGUGCAGAACCAGACAUUAAUCGCUUACCAGCCUGGUCAGCAAGACAGCUUGAGCGGUCAACAGCAUGUGGAGCUGGCUGCCUCCCCCCGUGAUGCCAGUGCUAUCACCAUCAAACGAGUCAGCUACAGGGAUGAGGGAUGCUACACUUGUAUCUUUGAUAUUUACCCCAGAGGAUCAAGGGAGGGACAGACCUGCCUUACUGUUACAGCAACAGUGAUUCCAGAUGGUAACAAGACUGCAGUGGGUGGUAAACACACCUCUCUGGCCUGUCGGUUUGGCCUGCCGGAGAAAGUCAAGCAGGUGUUGUGGAAGAAGAUUGUGAAUAAGGCAGAAUCUCGCGAAGUUGCAUUUUUUGCUAAGCAGAGUGAUCCUGUAAUUGAAGAAGAGUAUGUGGACCGUGCAAGUCUAAGCCCUUCCCUGUCUGACACCCAACUUACAUUAUGGCCAGUCAAGACUGAAGAUGAGGGCUGCUACACCUGUGAGUUCCACACGUACCCAGAUGUCACUAAGAGUGCCACAAGUUGCCUCACUAUAUUUGUCCUGCCCAAACCUCAAGUAAGCUACAAGACCACAUCUCCAGGAGUGAUUGAGGCUAACUGUACUGCCAUUGCCCGGCCACAGGCUGAAAUAGUGUGGAAUGUGGAGGGUGAUAACAGGACCAUUGGUCCACCUGUGUCCACCGCUAUCCAGCAGAGUGACGGCACUACUCUGGUCAUCAGUACAUUGACCAUACGGGCUGGACUCUUGAAAGAUGUCUCUGUCAAAUGUCUUGUUCACCACAAAGGACUGGAGACUGCCAUUGCUGUUUCUAUGAACACUAAGAUCGGGACAGCGCUUGCUAUCCUGAUAUCAGUGACAACAGUAGCAUUCCUUCUGGUUCUCUGCUUGUGUUUCUGUUUGUGGAAGUGUGUCCUGCGUAAGGAUGAGCCCGAAGAGCAGCGCUUGCCAAGAAGAGGCAGAGAAGACAGAGAAACAGAGUGAAUGAUUCUGAUCAUGGCAGAAGACAAGGUUCAGUUUACAAUAUGGAUAUGCUGAGACACCUAUGAAGAAGAAAAUCUCAUGUCGUCAUUUUCCCUGCUUUUCCAGCCAAAGAAGACCAGAUUUCUUUAAAUGAAGAAAGAUAUUAUUCACAUUUUAAAUCCUUGGGUUUAAGUAAGAUAUAACUAAUAUGAAGGUUAGAGUAAGGGGCCGUUCUCACAGGACGAGUUCUUGCAUUCAAACACAGCUUGACGCAACACAGCAGAAUGGAAUAGAACACAUGGGUCUCAAGAUGCGUUUUUAAAAGUUUUAAUUAUUUUAACUUGACACUCCGUCUUUUGAAUGCAGCACUCAGGGGGCAAGAUGAUGAAAAAACAGCAUCCAUCUAGGCUGGGCAUUUUUACUUUGACCAAUAGUUGGACAAAAUAUUGGUUCCUGUGUGAACGGCCCCUAUAAGGCACAGUGCCUAAGGAAAGUAUAACUAAUAUGAAAGUUAGAGUAAGAAUGCAUGUUAGCAUUGCCUAUAGAUGGGUUUAAUUAACUGAGUAUUUGUGUGUUUAAAUGUUUGGAAUUUAGAGUCCCCCUACACAUAAUUGUUGUGAAUAAUUAAAAUGUUGAGGAAUAAAUUACAGUCUCUAUUGAAAAAGCUGCAUGGUUCUAUGAAAGCUUUUUGGUUUACUGAUACUUGCAUUAUGAGCAAAUAUAUAACUUUUACAGUUUUGUUAUAAUCUUGCACAAUUUCACACAUCACUUUGUUUAUGUUUUAUGU